GGCCCGUCUCCAGGGCCUAUCACGGCAGUGCAGCUGGGACAAUGAACGUGACGGAAGCCAGCCUUGACACCAACCGCACCACCCCUAUAUACGCGAUCGGCACCAGCUUUAUAACGCAAUGGAAGCUGCAGAAGCUGAAGCAGCGCUCGUGCCUCAACAGCAACUACGCCGAGUGCCAGGCGUACCUCGUCACCAACGGCACCAACUACACUGACAUCUACUUCUUCAACGGCUCUCUGGACGGCGCUCCGGAACUGCAACCAGUGUUACCACCGUUCCCGCUGUGGCUCGCGAUCAUCAUCGCCACCUGCCUCGUGUUGGUCAUCCUGCUGACCGUCAGCGGCAACGUGCUGGUACUGCUGGCCUUCCUCGUCGACAGAACCAUCCGCCAGCCCAGCAACUACUUCAUUGCUUCACUAGCUGCUACUGAUCUGUUGAUAGGUACGUUGUCUAUGCCCUUUUACACGGAUUACGUCUUAAAAGGGUACUGGCAUUUAGGACCCUUGCUAUGUGACCUAUGGCUGUCCGUUGACUAUACAGUAUGCUUAGUAUCACAAUACACUGUUUUACUUAUAACUGUAGAUAGAUUCUGUAGUGUCAAAAUUGCUGCAAGAUACAGAGCAUGGAGGACAAAGAAUAAAGUUAUCUGGAUGGUGACAGUGACCUGGAUAAUACCGGCGUUGUUGUUUUUCACAACUAUAUUUGGCUGGGAACACUUUGUUGGAUAUAGAGAUUUACAAGAAGGAGAGUGCGCUGUUCAAUUUUUGAAGGAUCCUAUUUUUAACACCGCUCUUAUAAUAGGUUACUAUUGGACGACACUUUUUGUUCUCAUUGUUUUAUAUGCUGGUAUUUUUAAGACAGCCUACGAUAUGCAGAAAAAAAGUGAAGCUAAACAGAGAAAGAUGCAAUCAAUGGUUGCUCUUAGUGCGGGAGUUAUGACAGGCAUGGCAGGAAGAGCUGCUGGAAUGGCGGCACUAUCUAAGGCUACUAUUUCAAGUGAAGAUCAAGUGAAAGUUUCAGAAUCCAUACGAAAAGAUUCUGCCUCUAAAGGAUCUCUCGCUGCACCACUUCUUAACUUGGGUAUAUCGACAGACUCAAAUUCUAGCCAAAAAUCAUCGGCACACAAAAGUAGCGCUACUGCAACUGGUACUUCUACUACAAUUGAAUCAGAUGGUGACAAAAAAGAGGAUCAAGUAGAAGCCGAACGAUCAAGUAGUCCAGCUUUUGAUUCAGACGAUGAAAGUACUGCACAAACUAAUGUGAAGAAACGGCCAUCUGUGGCAAAUUUAGUUAUGCAAACUGGAACUAUACAAUUAUUAAAUAACAUGCGGCUAAAUGGUAGUAUGCUUAUGAAACCCGAUAUCAAACCAACCCCCUUGUUAAAGACAGAAACAGAAACCAAACCAAAGUCAUCCUUAUCACAAAUAUCCGAGAAGAGCCUACUUGAUACAGAAAAUCCUGAUACCUCACACAGUAAUGGACACACACCUGCAGCUGCUCUAAUACGAGCUACAGCUGAAGCUCAAGUAACACAACCCAAACCAAAUUUAUCUCCUCCACAACCUGUCAAAGUAAACACGGAGGUAAGUUUGACAGCGGGAGAGCGUCCAAAGCCCGUUAUCACCCUAGUGUCUUCGUCUUCCAAUAACAAUGAAACUCAGUCUGGCAAACUACCUGACAAUAAAGUGACAAUAUUAAGACUUAAGGAAACACCAGCGAUUGAAAACAGCGAAGUAUCUAGUCCUGCAGUAAGCGGACCCGGCCGCGGUGAUUCAAGAAAAGAGUUUGUCAAAAAUAUAGGGAAAAAGUUAAAGGUGAAACGCUCAAAAAGGGACGGAUUGUUUCCAAGUAUUGGUAGGCAAAAAUCUAAAUCUGAAAAUAGAGCGAGAAAGGCGUUUAGGACAAUAUCAUUUAUAUUAGGCGCAUUUGUUGUAUGUUGGACACCAUAUCAUAUCUUAGCUUUAGUAGAAGGAUUUUGUACAGAUCCGCCGUGUAUUAAUCAGCAUUUGUACAUGUUUUCAUAUUUUUUAUGCUACGCGAACAGCCCUAUAAAUCCUUUCUGCUACGCCUUGGCAAAUCAACAAUUCAAAAAAACUUUCACAAGACUCCUCCGGGGUGACUUUCAUAUUACUUAGUCUAAAUAUGUUGGGUAUGAAGAGCGUAAUUUUGACGCUGUUAUACAGUGUCCUAGUGAAAAAUUUUACGCACGCACAAUUUAUACACAACUUAAUAUAAUUAAAAUGCUGUUAAUGAUAAGACAAUACUAAUUUGUAACUAGUAUAAUCUAGUGUGCUUUCAAUGUAUAGAAAUUAGAGAGUGAUGAGAAUAAAAUAAAAGCAAUGUUUGACAAGAUACGAGUAUUAUAAUAAAGUAAUAAAACUAUUCCAGCUUUUCAAAAGAUGGUCUUUCUAAAUCUAUGAAUGUAAAUAAUUUUGUAGAGUAAACUUGUUGCGUAAUAUUAAGUAUUAUAGUCUUUAUUUUAUCUGUAAUGUUCAGAACUGACAAUAAAUGUUAGAUUGUGUAAAUAGUUUUCAAAUUUUAAACGUCUCUUUAUAUUUCUAGUUGACCUCAAUGAUAUCGUGUACAAUAAACAAAAAGCUAUUAAAUUGUAAAGUACAUAAUCAUAGAUUAAAUUUAAUCGGUGUAAAGAAAUUAGCAAUGUCGAGAUUUUAGUCUGCCACAUUGCAUCGGUGUAUUUAAUGGACAACUUUGAGAGUAUUGUGACAAUAAAGAAGAUUUUUUAAAAACACAUUCAGUACAAUAAUAAUAAUAUGGAUUUAUAGUGAAAUAAUGAUUGUGUUAAUGUUAGAGCUAAAGAUGCUAAAUCUUUUUAUAAGGAUCAAGCGACACGUCCUAUUGAGUUAAUAGGACUAGAAAGUUGUAUUUUUGCUUUGCUGAGGAUAUAGUUUAGUCAUACAAAUGCUGUUAGCAUUCAAGAUACUGUAUCGCUGCAGUACUUUAAGAGCCAGUUUCACUAUCUUCUGAUAAGUGUUGGGUAGCGUAUUCACAAGUUUUGUCUUUGUCAUUUGACAUAAUGUAAGAGAGUGCACUUUAGACGCUAUAGAGUAUAAAAUAAGUGACAGUUAGACCUUUCGACUUAUCAGAAUAUGGUAAAGCUGGCGCUAAUCUCAUUACAGCCACCCAGCAUUUGACUAGCACUAUCACUUUAUUCGUUAAUGACAGAUAGUUCCAUAUGUAACCAAUGAACAUCGCUUACUUGGUCAAUGAGAAGACACAAAUUAGUGAUGUACCAAUAUCCGUUUGGAAUGCCAUUGAUUGUCGCAUCUACCAAGCAAGAAUAGCGUACGGCUAAUUUCGGGAUCUGUGCCCUGGCAACUCUGUAAAAGAAAGCAUACUUGACUAGUAAGCGUGACGCAUCUCAAAAAGUUGAGUUAGUAUUAUUUAUCUUUAAUGCAUUUGCAAAUAACUCAACUUUUCGAGAUGGUGCAAAAUAGGUGCCAGAUGACUCUGGUGAGUUAUGUUAUUGUAUAAUAUUUUUAUCAUUUUUGCCAAAAUGUUAAAUUUAAUGUUAGCAAUGAAAUGCGAUGUUGUUUCAGCGCUUCCAUUUAAAAUGGUGCGAUUGUAAAUACUUGAUGUUAAAGUAAAUGUUUAGCGUAUAGGAUCUGUUCAGUGUCACAUUAUAGAUGAUAAAAAACAAAAACGCUCCAAAACUUUCAGCUAUGAGCCCAGCUAAAAGUUUUCAGUGUUUCUAGUCAAUUAAUAAUAAUACUCGUUAGACGUUAAUUAAAAUAAUUGUACAAUGAAAUAAAACGCAAACAGAAGUUGUGCUGUUGUCAUAAACUUCAUAAUAUAAAUGAGCAAAGCUUUUAAUAGUAAUUUCCAGUAUCAGAUUAUAAAUGGUAAAACUUUAGCUUCGCCGGGGAAAAACUUCGUUAGUUAUUCUCACAACAGCGUGCCUUCAGUUAAAUUAAAAUAGUUGGCCUAACCGAAGAACUAAUCUACAGUGUUCUUUGCUUUUAUUUUCUUUUUUUGCGAAAUUGUACAUUCACUUUAUUUUGCUUCAUUUUUUAAACUUCUCACGAUAAAUGUGUUAUAUAUUUUAUUGUUUUAUGAGAAAGCUUCAAUGAAAAUUUUAUUAUUUUUAACGAAACAGUGAAUAUAGGGUAUUUUAAGCCAUUUACGAGUAGAAGUGUAUAUAAUUAAGUAGAGUACCAUUGAUCUUUCAUUGAUUCAAGGACGAGACAACCAAUUAGUCCAAGUUUUAUAGAACAAGUUUUGAUACUUAUGUUAUAGUUUAUUUUCCGUGAGUAGUCCAUUCACAUAUGUUUUCCUUCUUAGUGAUCACUUUUUUUCCACAAAAUUGGAGCUUUCUUAUCAAUACAUACAUAUGAAUCCCCAAAGCUAAUCGACAUCUGUACAACAAAUCACAGAGUACCCAUAAAUAUUUCAAAAAGAAAGCGGAAGAUCUGUAAUAUUCUGUGUAAUGAAAUAUGGAUGAAAUUAUAGGUAUGCUACUUAGUUCAAAAUUCAGUAUAUUUUAUGUUUAAAACAGUCAUGUCAUGGCUAAUAACGAGUAAGUAGUUGUUAGUGUUUUAAGCUCAAGAAGGGUUGAAAUUAGAUAUUUCAGAUAUUUUUUUCCUUACAUCUUAUUCUUGUUUCCAUACUUUUUAACUUUUUAUACAAAAAACAAUGACAGUAAAAAAAAUUGUUCUUAAAAAGAUGAUUAAAACGUUGGUGGUCACUAUCAGGGCUGUCAAUUAGCUUUAGGGUUGUCAGAUAAUACAUAAAAUAAUAAUAUUUAUUUAGAAUAAAUUUAACAGUAUUAUAAUCCAAUGUUCAAUAGUGUAUAAGUUGUAACAAAAAUGAAAGACGAAAGUGAAAUAAUAGUAGACGCAGAAAACAUUAUUAAAAUAGAUUUUAAAAUAGGAAGUACAAAAAUUAUAAUUACCUACGUGAAUGUAUUUGUGGUUAUUAUAGGAGUUAAUAUUUAUUACAAUAAUAUCCAACUACAAAAUGAUUGUUUUAGGUCUAUAGUUGAUUUAUGUUUAUAUUUUUAUUCAAGUAUUACCUCUUAUUGUUCAAAUCAUAGGAUUACCUUAAUGCUGUUCUUCCACUAUGCUUUGUCUCCAGAACUAAAAAUUGUAAAUAAAAUACGUCUUAUGUGUAUAAAAAAAAUUCAUACAAUUCAUUUUUGUAAACACCCAUCCAUUUUUUUCGUGUAAAAACAAUCGUUUUAUGCUAUCAAUGUAAACAACUGCUGUUGUAUAAGUAUUGUAAAUAUAUAUUUUUUUGUAUCUGUGUAUGCUAAUAAUUCAAAUGUAAUAACCUAGCUGUGGCCUGUGGUUUCAGUGAAAAUAUCGAAAUAAAGAGAUUGUUUGUUAAACUAGACUAUAUUCUAUUUUUGUGCAAAAUUUUAUUUAAAUCAGUUCUGCCGUUGUGCCUACCGUGAUUGAGUUCCAAAAAAAAGUAUUUUUUUGUAUGACCCUUAAAGUGGUAUCGGUUAAGUCAUACUCAAUAUAACAGCGCCGCGGUAAGGAAAUUAAGGGUUUAUCAAUCUCGGCAUCAGUAAGGGUAAUCUCGGUAUAUUACUCGUUUUAAAAAAUUUGGAUUCCAUUGACCUUAUCAGACUCAAAAGUUUUUUUACAAACUUAUGUAAGUCCUUGACUUAACUGCAAUCUUAUCCGGUGGUGAUAAUGCAACCAAUACCUGUAAUUAGUUUUAUAUGGAAACAUAAGAAUUGUAAAAAUCCGUUGUCGGUAAGUCUUAGCCGGUUCCCAAAGAGGGCCGUUAAAAUAGACAGAUGAUGACAAUGAAUUUUGAAAAUAUGAAAUUCUAAAUUUACCCAAGCUGGGAACCGCGAGGAAAGAUUUUAAAACGCUUUUCGCCAUCAAAAAGUAAAAUUCAUCAAAAAUUUUACAAUUUUGUUUGUUUGUACUUGUAAUUUAAAUCUCAGUCAAGAUUGUGAAACACGUCAGCGAAUGAAAAAAAAUAGUUUUAUGCGUACGAAUACGGAGAACGAAUUCGUUUUUUACCAAAUACAUAUAUAAAGAUGUAUGUAAAGCUCGUACUGAUUAACUUGACACCUGGAUUGAAAGACUUAUGGUACUGAGUGCAAAAAAUUUUUAAUGUAUUACUGUCUGACCAAACAUUUGGUGUCGGCCAUGGUUCGGUGAAAAAUCGGGUUCCAUUGUUGUUAAUAGUAUAAGUACAUAUUUAUAUUUGUGUACACCUAAAUAAACUGCAUCGAUCGUUGCCAAAAGCGAAAUUGGUUGUUCGGAUUGAUCAAAUUUUAAGUGUUUCAAAAGAAGUCCUUUUUAUUAAUAUAACUACUAUAACAUAGUUUCUUUCACAUAAGACAAAAUUACGACAUGAUUAUAUGGGAGUCUCGAUUCCGACCGAAACUGCGGUGAAAGACGAAAUUCGUUUUCGGUAUUGGUUUUUGCCGUGCAAUGGUGAUAACACUACUUAAUGCCCGCGCAUUAAGUAGCGUUAAAGAAACGGCGGAAACGUUUCGAGCCAGGUGUCAAGUUAAUUUGCACGAGUUAUAAAGACAAGCAUAUCAUCAAUUAUACUCAUAACUUGUAACUCAAUUCUCCUGAGUCCUUAUUUUUGUUAGACAAAGUCUAUGUUUGGUCUAAGUCCUACUGAUGUCAACCUAACCUAUAGUUUUGUGUAUUUGAUGGAAUGUAGAUAAAGUAAAUAAAUGAUAUUA